GCUUAAGAGAGUGCGCAUAGUCUAGAAUUAAUCAACAAGGUAUUAAAUAAAAGCCACCAGGCGAAAACAAAGGACGUGAAUGAGGAAAAGAAUCCCUGGAGGUAAACAAUGUCAGAGAAAACGGCAGAAACAAAUGCUAGGAAACCCUCUGCAAACAAGAAUAUUAAAAAGCUGCGUGCCAUAAGCAUGGUGUGCAGCCUGACUCGGAGCUGGCAGCAGUGGGUGAGCGAAAAUGAAGACAAGCAGGCCAAUGAACCUAGCGGGUGGGCCCCAGGCUGCCCUGAAGACCCUAAAGAUGCAAAAAAAGAGAUCAGACAUUUUCAGAAGUCUAGCCCCAGCCAAGAGAAGGUGAAUGCUCCUGGCGAGUCACGCAUCAGAACCGGCCAAGUGGUAAAAACGGUGACAAGGGAUGUCCAGGAGAGAAGUGUGGGCAUUGAGUUUUUGACCAAACGCAUCUGUAAGGAGCCAAUUACAGAUGAACUGGACAAGAUGCUGAGCAAGAAAGGAUCACCCACACGCCACAGGAAGUGCUCCAACAUGGUUUCGGAGCUGACGCGAGGAUGGAAGGGAAUGGAAAAGGAGAAAAAUCUGGCUAAAGAGGGUGGUGAGGAUAAUGACUUUCUAGAAGCUGAAGAGAGAAGACUGCAGCUAGGAACCAACCAGGAGGAUACCAUGAACAAAAAAACUAAUGAAAAUACAGAUUCGUCUGCAGUCAGGAUCAAAAGAUCCUCUGAACUUGGGAGCAAGAAGGAUGACAAAGAUGCCAACAAAAUAAAUGCCUUGUCCAAAAAGUACAGCGCUGUUGGCAACCUUAAAACCCGCUGGCAAAACUGGGCAUCUGAGCAUUCCGUUAAUCAGAAGCUGAACCCCUUCAGCGAAGACUUUGAUUAUGAGUACUCCAUGUCAACACGGCUACGGAAGGGUGAGGAUGGCUACGGACGGCCCAAAGAGGGCACUAAGACAGCAGAGAGAGCCAGACGUGCAGAAGCACACAUCCAUCGUGAGAUAGACGACAUGUGCUUUAUCAUAAGGACUAUGGCAGAUCCAGAUCCAGAUGGUUACACUAGAGUGACCUUUUGCGAGCUGUUUGACCGAUACGUGCGAAUCUCUGAUAAAGUGGUGGGCAUCCUAAUGAGGGCCAGGAAGCAUGGAAAGGUUGACUUUGAAGGGGAAAUGCUGUGGCAGGGACAGGAUGAUGGUGUCAUUAUUACUCUGUUAGUUUGACACAAGACUGAUGCAUUGUCAUUAAGUAAUUUACUCUGAACUUAGUGGGAAAUUUGAAAUUUUGCUGCUACUUUAUAGAUGACAUGAAGAAAGGAAAAUAAAUUAUUGACACAGUUCUCAGUGUUUAUAUGUACAGAAUGUCUUUUUGUGUAUGUAUUAAAGUGUGUAAUUUCAGCGCCACUAACAUCACCAAACUGACUUGCUAAAUUGAAUUGCAUUCAAACAGGUUUGCCAAAUAAUUACAGAUAAUCCCGCCCCAAAUUUAUGCCAUUGGUUGAGCCAAAAUCACUGUGUCAGGGUCCUUAAACAAACCGAGCAAUGUUUUCUGGAAAAUCAACUUACAGUGUGCCUAGUAAAUUGUGUGCAUGCUUUUAUCAAAAUAUGUCAUACUGAAACUUUCCAGAAGAGGGAGAAGUAACACUAACACUACAAUCAUCUCCAUGGAUCUCCUCUUUUGAGUCAUUAAAUAUUUAUGUUACUUUCAAUAAAAAUCAGUUAU